AUGUCUACCAGGAGCUACAGCGAUGCGGUCAAUAAUCUUAACUCGUUGCAGUCGAAUGCAGCCACCCUCGAGGCUUUGCGCGCAUCGGGGGGUCGUAUGAGCGAGUUUGCUAUCCCCGAGAUGCUGGAAUACCUGGAGAGGAUAGGGUACACUCCAGAGGAUCUCAAUCGAAUGAAUGUCAUACAUAUCACGGGAACCAAGGGGAAGGGCUCGACGUCUGCCUUCACGGAUUCUAUACUGCGUCAUACAAAGCCGGACUGGAAAGUUGGACUGUAUACGUCUCCUCACUUAGUCGCGGUGCGCGAACGCAUACGAGUUAAUGGGGUUCCAAUAUCGGAGGAACAGUUUGCGCAAUUUUUCUAUGAAGUCUGGGAUAGGCUGGAUAAGAACACCACCCGCAAGUACCCGAGCACGUCUCUGAAACCUGCGUACUUCCGAUUCGUGACCCUUGUCGCAUUCCACGCAUUCCUAAGCCUCAAGGUGGACGCGACAAUACUGGAAGUGGGAGUUGGGGGUGCCUACGACAGCACCAACAUUGUGCCCAAGCCGGUUGUCACUGGUGUAACGUCGCUGGGUCUCGACCACGUUGCCGUUUUGGGGAGAACGCUGAGUGAGAUCGCCUGGCAGAAGGGAGGAAUAUACAAGAAAGGGGUACCCGCGCUGACUGUCCAGCAGCCGGAAGAAGGCAUGACUAUGCUCAGAGGACGUGCCGAGGAGCUCAAGGCCUCAAGCUUCGAAGUCGUUUCGCCCAGCCCCGAACUGGAAAAGAUUAAACUAGGCCUCGCUGGCCGCCACCAGAUCCAGAACGCCGCUCUUGCCAUAGCUCUGUCGCGCAAAUUCCUGGAAGCGCGCGCAUCCAUGACGUUCGAGGACCCACUACCAGAAUCCUUCGCGAAAGGACUUGAGCGCGCGCGCUGGCCUGGUCGCUGUCAAUCAGUGACAGACCCCAAGAACGAGAACACGACGUGGUUCUUGGACGGCGCACACACUGUGGAGAGCUUGAGUGCGUGUAUUGAAUGGCUUGUGAGCCCUGAGGUUGCGUUGCAGCCAACCGACGUGCCCCGCAAGAGGGCUCUUAUUUUCAACUGUACCGGUGGCCGAACAGGAUCUUCUCUACUUGGGACUCUGUUAACGAGGAUCGGCGACCAGCUGAAGGCGUCCGGCUCCGACGAAGAAAGCACUCGGUUCUUCGACCACGUUAUCUUCUGUACCAACGUCACAUACGCCGACGGGGGGUUCAAGAGCGAUCUCACGACGCACGCCAUACCGGAAAACGACCUCGCGCAUCUGAAGACGCAGAAGGAGCUGGCCUCCGCAUGGGCCGAGCUAGUCCCAGACUUCCCCUCCUCCAAUAUCCACGUCCUCCCAUCCGUGGAGGACGCCGUGAAGGUUGUUCGGGAGCUGGAGAGCCCCGAGAGCAAGACGCAGGUCUUGGUUACUGGCAGCUUGCACCUUGUGGGCGGUGUGAUCGAGGUGGCUGGUCUGUCUGAAGUUGCGUUAUAG